UUUGCAAUGACUGGAUCCAAGAAGAUAGAGUGUGUCGAUGGACAAUGGACAUCUUUGCCAUUGCACAGUGGAGAAAAGAAUCUGUGGGCCACUUCCUCCUAUUCAAAAUGGACAUGCUGUCAGCAGAAACAAAAACCGAUAUUUCCAUGGUGACACAGUGAGAUAUGAAUGUGAUGAAGCCUUUGCUGUUGUUGGGACCAACCCAGCCAAGUGUCUCCAUGGAAAGUGGGACUUACCUUCAUGUGCUGAUGGUUGUGCACGUCCAAAGAUACCUAAGAAUACAAACUCUGACCCCCUGAAAAGCCGCUAUAACUACAAUGAAGUUGUAAGCUACAGCUGUGAUUCCCGCCAGCAUAAAACAAAAUGUAUUAGAGGAACAUGGUCACCCAAGCCAGACUGCAGAGAACUCUGCCCGCCUCCACCUCACGUUCCAAAUGCCGCUGAAAUAAUUGAGGUGAGAAACUAUGAAAAUGGAGAAAAGAUGCGAUUUACAUGUAAGGAACAUUUCCUGCUUGAAGGGCCAGAAGAAAUAUCAUGUGAAGAUGGAAAGUGGGAAACACCCCCACGCUGUAUUGUGGAGCUGUGA